AUGUCAAGGCCUGCCGCAUCGUCAUGCCGCCUACGCUGCGGCGGAGCAGCAGACGGCCCCUUCUUGGCACUUGCCCUGCGACUACAUUGUUCAGGAUACCCGCAGAGGUCGGUAUGGUUUCGCGGCCGUGACGGGAAUCGCUGCUCAUAUUCGCGACAGCUGACCGCCGAUGCUGGGGACCCGGGACCACUCCUUGCCAAACUGCCAACGGAGCUGCUCACCCAGGUCUUUGCUGAAGCGGAACCCGUGGAUAGCAUACUCCUGGCCCUGUCCUGCAAAGCACUGCUCGGCAUCGCCGCCCUAUGCCAUCUGACGGUGCCGGAUCCCACGCGGCAUCGACAACAAUGGAGCCCCUCGGCACCACAGGAUCGCGAGCAGACGGGCCAAUGUAAGUGCAUCAACAUGUCAUACCUGCUCGGCCGUCUCCGGCCGCGGGACUCGAGGGGCAGGGUCGACAGGACCUGGAAUCUAUGCCUGGACUGCUGCAGAUAUCGCCCGACCCGCAGGGGGUUCUGGGCGGCGCAGCUGGCCCGGACCGACACGUCGGGAUGGAGCAGGCCGGAGGGCGAGCUGUGGCAGUCUUCGGUCAAGUGGUUCGCGGCCGGGAUCAAGGUGCAGUGCCCUGACUGCAGGCUGGCCGAACACGUGCAGGAGGAGAGGAAGGAAGCGAUGCGAGCCCGGGGGGUAGCGAUGUAA